UAAAUAUAGUUCUUAAGUAUAGCUAUGAAGAUAUGUUCGACAUAAAAUAGUGAGACCUAGAUAAAUUUCACCAAAAAAUUACUAAAGUUUUAGUAACGCCCUUGGUGUGUUUGUAACAAAAAAGCAAACACUUGGUGUGUAAAAGUAAAAGUGACGUAUUGCUCUUAUCUCUAUAAAGGUUGAAACCAAAUUGUUUGACUAUAAUAACACUGAAAGCCAGAGUCAUAGUAAAAAAAAUUAUACAGAACUUUGCAAAAUACCUUUAAUUUGGUUUCAAUAUCUUCAAAGACAUUCCUGUCUUUGUAAUGACAGGGGUUGUCAGUGAUACAUUCCAUAUUGAAGAUGACAACGAUAAAGAAGUGGAUGAUUCUCCUAUAGAGCAAGUCCGACUUACAGUGCCAAUAACAGACGAUCCUACACAACCAGCACUGACAUUUAGGACAUGGACUAUUGGUUUGGGAUGUUGCAUUAUCCUUUCCUUUGUGAACCAAUUCUUUGGGUUCAGAACCAACCCUUUAUUUAUCUCUUCCAUCGCAGCACAAAUAGUUUCUCUCCCACUUGGGAAACUAAUGGCUGCAACACUUCCAACCACAAUAUAUAAAGUCUCUUUCACUCAUUGGUCUUUCACAUUGAAUCCUGGACCAUUCAAUUUGAAGGAACAUGCCCUUAUAACUAUUUUUGCUAGUGCUGGAGCUAGUGGUGUCUAUGCCAUUAACAUAAUCACUAUUGUUAAGGCUUUCUACCACAGGAAUAUCAAUCCAACUGCUGCUUUUUUGCUAGCACUGUCAACCCAGAUGCUUGGUUAUGGAUGGGCUGGUAUAUUCAGAAAGGUCCUUGUGGACUCACCCUACAUGUGGUGGCCUGCAAAUCUUGUUCAGGUGUCCCUAUUCAGGGCAUUUCAUGAAAAAGAAAAGAGGCCUAAAGGAGGAAACACAAGGUUGCAAUUCUUUUUCCUGGUCUUUGUAGCUAGCUUUGCUUAUUACAUUAUUCCAGGCUACUUUUUCCAAGCAAUAUCAACCAUCUCUGUUGUUUGCUUAAUAUGGAAAAACUCUGUCACGGCUCAACAGAUUGGUUCAGGAAUGAGGGGUCUUGGUAUUGGUUCAUUUACACUCGAUUGGAACACUGUUGCUGGUUUCUUAGGAAGUCCUUUGGCUUAUCCUGGUUUUGCCAUCAUCAACAUGUUGGUUGGAUUUGUGUUGUAUAUCUAUGUUGUGAUUCCCAUUUCCUAUUGGAGCAAUUUUUAUGACGCCAAAAAGUUUCCCCUCAUCAGUUCUCACACAUUUGAUUCCACUGGUACACCAUAUAAUGUUUCUAGGAUUCUUAAUGAUGCAACCUUUGACAUUGAUAUGGAUGCUUAUAACAAUUACAGUAAGCUCUAUCUUAGUAUCACAUUUGCAUUUGAUUAUGGAUUGUGCUUCGCAACUCUCACAGCCACCAUCUCUCAUGUUUUCCUCUUCCACGGAAAAACGAUUAAUCAGAUGUGGAGAAAGACAACAGAUGCACUAAAAGAACAAGCUGGAGACGUACAUACAAGAAUCAUGAAGAGAAACUAUGAACAAGUCCCUGUGUGGUGGUCCAUAACCAUUUUGUUUCUUAUGACUAUUAUGGCCUUGAUAUGUUGCGAAGGCUUUGACAAGCAGCUCCAGCUUCCAUGGUGGGGGGUCUUGCUUUCUCUAACAAUUGCAUUGGUUUUCACUUUGCCAAUUGGUGUCAUUCAAGCAACAACAAACCAGCAAGCUGGACUGAAUGUGAUCACAGAGUUGAUUAUUGGGUACCUGUAUCCUGGAAAGCCCCUUGCUAAUGUAGCCUUCAAGACUUAUGGAUACAUCAGCAUGUCACAAGCACUUGGUUUCCUUCAAGACUUCAAAUUAGGUCACUACAUGAAAAUUCCUCCUAAAUCUAUGUUCAUAGUACAAUUGGUAGCAACUUUGGUUUCUUCAAGUGUAUACUUCAUGACAGCAUGGUGGCUUCUAACAACUAUUCCAAACAUAUGUGAUGAAUCAAUGUUGCCAGAGGGUAGUCCAUGGACUUGUCCUGGUGAUGAUGUGUUUUACAAUGCUUCAAUUAUAUGGGGAAUAGUAGGUCCAAAACGGAUGUUCACCGAGGAUGGAAUUUACCCCGGAAUGAAUUGGUUUUUCCUCAUAGGUCUACUUGCGCCUGUUCCAGUGUGGCUGCUAGCUCGCAAAUAUCCCAAUCACAAAUGGAUUGAACUCAUCAACAUGCCACUUAUAAUUGCUGCUGCCAGUGGAAUACCACCGGUUAGAUCAAUAAAUUAUAUUUCAUGGGGAGUUGUUGGAAUCUUCUUCAAUUUCUAUGUUUACAAACGUUUCAAGUCAUGGUGGGCUAGACACACUUACAUUCUCUCGGCAGCUUUGGAUUCUGGCAUUGCUUUCAUGGGUGUGUUGCUCUAUUUUUCACUUCAAACUUAUAAUAUCUUUGGUCCAACAUGGUGGGGUCUUGAAGGAGAUGAUCACUGUCCCUUGGCUAAAUGCCCUACAGCUCCUGGUAUUGUUACCAAGGGAUGUCCUAUCUUUUGAACUCCAUAUUUGCACUCAUUGGUCAUGAAAAUAUACACAAAUCUGAUGAUGAUUCUAAGUCUGCUACGAUGCAAUGCUAUAACAUCACUAUAGCAGUUGCUUGACAACACUUUGUAUUAAAUAGUGUAUCGUUGAAUAUCCGUCAUUUGACAACAUUGUAAUUAACAUGUUUUCUACUUUGUACUUUCCAUAUCUUUGCCAAUUGUAUAAACUGUUACGAAGUAUAAAACUGUACAGAUUGCAGAAUUGUUUCAGUAUACCAUUUCUUUGAUUCUA